GUCCUGCAGAGCAUUCCCUCCUUCAGCGUUUCAAUUUCAAAACCAUUAAACGUCAAAGACAGAGAGAGACAGAGAGAGAGAGACAGAGAGGGAGCAAGCGAAAAACGUAGGCGGAUCUUUAUUGUAUCUACCGUUCUUCGUAAACCAACCAAUCAGCUAUGCCUUCAAGAGCAGUUACAAAGAGACGGAGAGCACUAAAAUCUGUCAAGAAAAUGAAAAACCCCACAAACCCCACCUACCAUUCUCUACCUAAUUUUCAACCCCAAGGAGUUCAAGGGAGUAAGAAGGAAGUAUAUAUUAGUGAUCAGCAUGCUUUAGUUGGAGAAGAGGAAGUAAAAGAAGGGUAUACUUUUUGUGCUGUUUCAGUGAUUUCUGCAAGUGAUCACGAAAUGGAGGAGCCUUCAAAUGGGAAAAUAGAGGAUACCCAGAGAGUAGAUUUACAGGAAGACUAUAGGGAGGUGCAGAGUGUGGUUGAAUCUUCAGAUGGAAAUUUAGAGGGGACCCAGAAAGUGGAACUUGAGGGUGAUGAAUAUAAGGAGGAGGUGGUAACUCAGGAUGUUGGGGAGGAGGUCGAAGCUGUGGUUGAAUCCGUGAGUGAAAUUGUUGUUGAUGGGAAUUUUGAGUCUGUGGAUGAAGUUUAUUCGGGUUUGAAAAGUAACGGUUUUGACAAAGAGGAAGUAGCUGAUGAGAAGAGUUCUGAGGUGGUUGAUUCGGGAAAGGUGGAGGAGGAGAAAGAGGUUACUGCGCCUCUGUAUCAUUUCAAUCAAGGUCUAGAAGAACUAGUUGAGAAUUCUAUUGGAUUGGAAUUAAAGGAAAAGGAGGAGAAAACUCCCCUAUCUUCCAGUAAGACUAAUGGGAUUUCUUCUGUUGUGGCUAACGAGGAGUUAAAGGGGAUUGAGGAAACAAAUUUUCUCUCUUCAGAUGAGAUAAAUGGUUCUCCUGAGGUUUUAGAAAAUACUGUGUCCAAGGGAAUUGAAGAAACAACAUUGCCGACCGUGGAUGAGAAUAGUGAAGUUCCUGUUGUGGUAACAGAUGUGGUCUCAAGGGGAAUUGAGGAAACAAAAUGGCCGGCUUCAGAUGCGAGUGUUGGGGAGCCAUCAGGUGGUGUUGAUGGGGCAUCAAAGGAAAAUGUUAGUGAUUCAUUGCAGACGUUGGAUGAUGCUCCGGCUGUUGACACAAGUAAUGCUGGUGAAGAAGGCAACAAGACUGAGAUUCCCGAAAGCACAGGAAAUCCGCAUAUUAUCUCAGUGUCUCGACGCAGCAUGCAACCAACUUCUUGGAGGAGUUGCUGUGGACUUUUUGAAGUCCUGCGCCGCUCUGAUAGAUAACUCAAG